GGAAGUUCCGGGUUGGCGCCCACCAUUCUACAGAAUAAAGAAAACGCCAGAACUGUGCUGACCGUUUCUCUUUAUUACUACAGGCCGACUCAGGUCAAGUCUGAGGCCAUUAAUAUAAACAGUGAGGACAAACCCAGCCUGUCUCUCUCCUUCCACACUGAGUCCAAACCUACAGUCACUGGGUCCUGAUUGUGACAGUGGAGCCCAGUUUGCACUGCAGGAUCCAGAGAUGGCAUCAGUGAAGCUGGAAGACUGCAGUCAAACACUGGAGCUGAAUGUCAACAUUAAAGAUGAAAAAGAGCAGGAGAAGAUUGGGAAAUCUGUUAGUCAUGGAGACCAUGUUGAGACAUUCUCUACAUCCAGAGAGCAACAGCAGGAAGAUCACAGAGCUAAGAGGUCUCACCCCUGCCCACAUUGUGAGGAGAUUUUCCCAUUUCUAUCAAAGCUAAAAAUACACCUAAAAAUACACACAGGAGAGAAUCUGUAUUCCUGCUCUGACUGUGGGAAGAGUUUAAAAACAUCACAGGCUCUGACAGUUCAUCAGAGAGUGCACACUGGAGAGAAACCUUACUCCUGCUCUGAUUGUGGGGAGCGUUUCUCUCAUCAGAGCAACUUAAAAACACACCAACGUAUACACACUGGAGAGAAGCCUUACUACUGCUCUGACUGUGGAAAAUGUUUCACAACAUCAACUGGGCUAAGAGUUCAUCAGAGAACACACACAGGAGAGAGGCCUUACUUCUGUUCUGACUGUGGGAGGAGUUUCAUAACAUCAAGGACUCUGACAGUUCAUCAGAAAAUGCACACUGGAGAGAAACCUUACUACUGCUCUGAUUGUGGGGAAAGUUUCUCUCAACAGAGCAAUUUUAAAACACACCAACGUACACACACAGGAGAUAAGCCUUACUACUGCUCUGACUGUGGGAAGGGUUUCUCUCAACAGAUCCACUUAAAAUGUCACCAGCGAAUACACACAGGAGAGAAGUCUUACUCCUGCUCUGACUGUGGGAAGUGCUUCACAACAUCAACUGAGCUAAAAGUUCAUCAAAGAGGACACACAGGAGAUAAGCCUUACUCCUGCUCUGACUGUGGGAAGAGUUUCUCCCAACAGGGCAGCUUAAAAAUACACCAACGUAUACAUAAAGGAGAGAAGCCUUACUCCUGCUCUGACUGUGGGAAGUGCUUCACAACAUCAACUGAGCUAAAAGUUCAUCAAAGAAGACACACAGGAGAGAAGCCUUACUUCUGCUCUGACUGUCGGAAGAGUUUCUCCCAAUUGGCUACCUUAAAAACACAUCAACGUAUACAUAAAGGCAAGAAGCCUCAUCAGUUGUCUCAGGCCAGUUAAGAUUAGUCACUCCAUCACUUCAUUCUUAUCUCAUAAAGGAAGUGGUAACAGUGAAUUUGAUAACAUUAAGAUGAACACUCUAUUGUAAUCCUAUUGUUUCUCACUGACAACUGUGCAGAGGAAAGGGAGCGUUAUAGAAUGUCAUUGGAAAUUUAAAAAAAUUGGGGUGGUGCUGGAGAUGUUGAAUAUGACGUUGAAACAUUUAAACAUUUUCUUUUAAGUCAAAAACAAAAGGAGGGUAGUUGAUUGGUCGGGGUGGAUGGGUCAGCAUAUAACAUGAACGUCUAGCAACCCAAAGGUUUCCUGUUUGAAUCUCAUCACGGACAACUUUAGCAUUUUAGCUAAUAAGCAACUUUGCAACUACACUAC